AUGCCGGUCACCCUUGAGGCGAUCGACAUCACCCUCAUUGCCCUUUAUUUUGUCGGCAUGGCCGCCGUCGGCAUCAUCUUCUGGGCUCGCGGCGGCGGCGAUGGCGGUGGGCAGGACGAAGCAGAAUCUUUCUUCCUCGCGGGCCGCAGUAUGCGCUGGCCAGCGGUAGGGCUUUCGCUCUUUGUCUCCAACGUAGGGUCGGAGCACCUCCUGGGGCUCGCGGGCUCGGCAUCCGCCACCGGAGUCGCCUGUGCCUACUUUGAGUGGUCGGCCGCGCUCCACCUUCUUCUGCUCGGCUGGCUAUUUGCUCCGGUCUACCUGCGCUGCGGCAUCGCCACGCUGCCCGAGUACCUCGGCCGGCGGUACGGCCCGCGCCUCCGCCGCUGGCUCUCGCUCAUCUCGCUCGUCCUCUACCUUCUCACCAAGCUCUCCGUCUCCAUCUACUCGGCCGCCACGGUGCUCACCUCCGUCUUUGGCUGGCCGAGGUGGAUCGCCGCCGCCGGGCUGGUCGGGCUGACCGCCUGCUACACCGCGGUCGCCCAGUCGGUGGUGAUGCUGGUCGCCCAGUCGGUCGUGAUGCUGGUUGGCGCCGUCACGAUGACCGCCGUCGGGUUCGGGCGAGUGUGGUCUCGUUUCUUCCACAUCUACAAGCCGCCCGACGACCCCUCCUUCCCUACCCUCGGCAUGCUCCUCGGCCAGCACGCCUCCUGCCUGCUCGCCGGCUUCCUCAAGAUUACGCCCAUGUUCCUGAUGGCCUGCGCGUGCCGCCCGCCUCUCGCCUCCUCCUCCUCCUCCCACCCCGGCAUCAUCGCGCGCAAGCUCUUCGACGCCGAGCUCUACCCCGCCAACGGGACAGCCACUCCCAACCAGGCCUUCCCGCUCCUGCUCCAGCACACGCUGCCGCCCGGCCUCCUCGGCCUCAACCUCGCCGCGGCGGUCGCGGCGUGCAUGUCCUCGCUCGACUCCGUCUUCACCGCCGCCGCCUCCCUCUUCUGCCUCGACCUCUACCGCGGCUGGCUCCGCCCCGCCGCCUCCCCGCACGAGGUCGGCUGCGACUGCGCCAUCUCCGAGGUGGUCCGCGUCGGCCAGGCCUUCUGCGCGCUGCUCGCGGUGCUGACGCUCCUCUGGCUGCCGAUCAUCGACGUGCUCUCCGACCAGAUCUUCCUCUACAAGGAGGCGGUGAUGGCGUACCUCGCGCCGCCCAUCGUCUCUGUCUACCUCCUCGGCCCCUUCCCCCUCCCCCGCCGCACUUGGCGCGAGCGCGUGCUCUGGCGGCGCGCAAACGCGACGGGCGCCGCCGCCUCCUUCGCCGUCGGGUACACUCUCGGCUUCGGCCGGAUGGCGGGCGAGGUGUGGUGCAAGCUGCACCCGCCGCGGCCCGGCUCCGCCGCCGACGCACUCUUCGUGCGGCUCCACUUUCUGUACGCCGGCCUCCUCCUCUGCCUCGCCUGCCUCGCCACGCACGCCGCCGUCAGCUGGGCGGCGCAGGGGGCGGACGGUGGGGAGGGGAGGGCGGUGGACGAGACGCUGCUGGCAAAGUGCUCCUGCGGCGGCGAGGGCGGGCGGCGAGCAGCUCCCGCCCCCAAGGAUCCCGCCCCCACGGAGUGGCUGCCUGCUUCGCUGCCGGACGAGACGCACCACGCGGGCGGCAAGGCGGGCGACGAGCCGCGCGGGGUCGAGCUGGGAGGGGUGGGGGGCGGGGGGGGCGGACGUGCCGCCGCCGCCGCCGCGCCGCAGGCUGCGCAAGGCGCGGGGGAUUGCGAGACGGAGGGCGACCUGCGGAUCCGAGGACGGCACGGAUCCAGGUCUAGUCGCGUGAACGACGGGCUCGCCGUCGCGCUCGUAGCAGUCAUCGUCGGCCUCGUCGCCGGAUUCAUGUAG